AUGCUUUUUUAUUCGCUCAACAAAUUAAAUCAUUCACUUUCAUUGCAGUAUUGAGUGAGAAAAAUUUUUUCCAAAUGUUGGUGUAAAAUUUUUACCUGGCACCACUGGUAUAGACUGUGCCAUAACAUUGUUUGCGUAAUUCAUUCAUGUCCUUAUUAAGCCUUUGGCGACGCUAUCGUGUUGUUAUAAUUUUUCCAGCAUUGACUAUUAGCUCUAUUGCUGCAGAUUAUACGCACACUCGUAAGUGGAAACUGAGCCAACAGCAGCAGCAACAUCAGUAAAAUGGUUUUUGGAAUCACAAAACAGUACGUUUUGGUCUUUAUUCCUUUGGCCGGAUUUGGAUUCGGAUGGUUUUUAGACUGCAAAGAAACUGAGCGUAUGACGAUGUUCCGUGAUAAAAGCGCAUUGUAUGGCAGAAUACUGAAGGAGGGUGAAAAACCAUCGUGGCCUUAAAGGCGACAUUUUACCAUAGUAUGAAAUAUACUGAUUAAAUCUUAAAGAA